AUGUCCCAGGCUCAGCUCCCCUACUUUGUUGGCACCCUGUCUGAAUGGAACCCAGAGACUCAGCAAGAGAGCAAUCCACUCGCCAUCUUCCAUCAUCAGAAGAUAUAUGUUGGACGAGACCCGAAGAAGUGCCAAUAUGUCGUGAAUCAUAUAGAUGUUUCGCGGAGACAUCUCCAUAUCUAUACCGUUAUGUUCGACGAGGAGAAUCUGGGACAGAUUCCACCUUUGGUAUAUGCCAAGGACAUAUCCCAAAAUGGCACCUUCUGGAACACCUACUCCAUGGCAGAUAAAGGUGGCUUUCUCCUCGGGCAUGGUGAUAUACUCGAACUGGCGAGCGGAUACUUUCUCAGGUUCACAGACCCGGAGCAGACACAGGAAAAUGUAGACCCGGUCAGGGCCCAGGAGAUGAAAAUACUAGGCAGCACAUACUGCAUCACACCCCGUAAGCUAGGCUCGGGCGCUUACGGGCAAGUGUACAUGGCGUAUAAGAAAAUCGAUGGCCAGCAGCUCGCUUGCAAAGUUAUAGAUCUUCGGCCUAUCAGAGAUCAAAUAGUCAAGGAACCAUGGACAAUUGAUGAUGACGACGAGGAGGAUCCGGCUGUGGUGAGACGAUCUAAGAUCAAGGAACUCAACCUCGGAAAAAAGGCGCACUGCGACAACCACCAAGAAAGGCUUGACAAAAGGCUGGGAGGAGUCAACCGAGAGGCCACAUUACUGAAAGAUCUUUGUCACCCCAAUAUCAUUAGCGUCGAGAAAAUGAUACGAACCAGCUUCAAUGUCUAUCUCUUCCAGGAGCUGGUCCCUGGAGGAGACCUGUUCUCCUAUAUUCAGUACAAAGGUGGCAAGCUGGGUAAUAUCGAUGCUGCAGUCAUAGUUCGACAGAUUCUGCUGGCACUGGAUUACCUGCAUGAUCGGAAUAUCGUUCAUCGAGACCUGAAGCCGGACAACAUACUCAUGACAUCCUUGGCGGAUGGAUGCAGAGUUGUGCUGUCUGACUUUGGAUGCGCCACCCACAACCCUGGGCGCAUGUCCAGAGUUGUCGGCACUUUUGAGUACAUGGCCCCAGAAAUACACAGUGCUUCUUGCGGAGGCUAUACCGAAGCCGUAGACAUUUGGUCUCUAGGUUGCGUGACAGCAGUCUUACUCACGGGCAGUACUUCAUGUGGGGGCUCAUUAGAAGCGACAGGAUAUGUGACCGAGCUUGCCGAAAUUGGAGGCUUUGACAAGCUGGAAACAAGCCUACGCAGAAACAAUGCAAGUUACCGAGCUAUAGAUUUUAUACGUCGCCUUCUCAACUUCACUCCAUCGGAACGCCUGACUGCAAAGCAAGGGCUGGACCAUGAGUGGUUCACCAACCCAGCCCAUCUAGCUGAAUUUGAAUCACUUUACCAACGAUCGAUCAGGGAUUGGUCUCCAUGCCGCCCACUGGAGCCGUUUAUUGUUGAGAUUACGAGUUUGGAAUCUUUCAAGGACCGAAAAAAGGAGCGGGAAGCAGCGUCGAUUGACUCACACCUCGAGAAGGACUCGACUGCUUCCUAUAGGUCGUCUCCAGAGCAGAUGGAGUCAUCAGUUGAAACGCUGCGCACAUGGUCAACUGAAAAAGAAAGCUCCUCCACCUCAUCAUCAUCAUCAUCUUGGGAAGUGAAUAUACAUGAUGUUGCGUCUCCUACCUUGUCGGAUCCCAACUUCCCUCCGUCCCCGAGCUGGCAUAUGGUCGGCGAGUCAUUUUCACCGAGCCCAGAAAACCGAGAAGAGAUAAUAGCCUGGUACCAAGCAUGCUCGGCUCACGAAGUGGUGGAUACCUGA